GAAAAAGUAACAAGAUGUCAUGGGAUGUAAGCGGCAAGGUAGGCGUUAUUACUGGUGCAUCAUGUUCUCUUGGAAGAGAAAUAGUUAAUCGUCUUGCUUUGAGGCAUCACAUGAAACUUGCCUGUGUGUCGCGAAAUCCAUUCGCCACACCACUGCCAGUGAAUUGCAAUGCGUUCCGGGCUGAUAUUACUCAGAGCAAUGAUUGCAACAAUCUUUUUAAGUCUAUACAAGAACAACUUGGAGACGUAUCAGUGGUUGUAAACUGCGCCGGUAUUACUUUAAACAAACUUUUUCUUCUCAACACUGACAGAGAUUAUGACCUCGUCAUCAAAACCAAUCUAAUAGGUAGCCUCAACGUGACACGAGCUGCGCUACGCUACGGGGGCUUACUCAAAAUGCAGGAUUGCAGCGUUCUUUUCGUGGGAUCUGUUGUUGGCGUUACUGGAAAUGAAGGUCAAGUGUUGUACAGUGCCACCAAAGCCGCACUCCUUGGGGCUGCCAAAUCACUGGGAAAGGAAUACGGUUCCAAGAACAUUCGGUUUAACGUGGUUGCUCCAGGGCUACUGGAAGGUGAAGGAAUGAGUCGCACGCUGACGGAGGCGCAGUGUGAGGCCUGGCGCAGAGCCUCCCCGUUAGGAAGACUGGCAACGGCUAGUGAAGUGUCGGAUGUUGUGGUCAGCACCAUUUUGUCACCUUACAUCACAGGACAAACAAUUAUAGUGGAUGGUGGGAUAUCUCUCUAA